AGGACACUGGUUCUCGGGCGCGCUCUUCUCUCAGAAGGACCUGCCUCCAGGCGGCGUUGCCGUGGAGACGGAGCUCCGUGUAGAUGUGGCACCUCGCCGAGGCACAGCAUUUACUGACUAUCUGUGACAAGGGCUGACAGGACCGACGCCAAGAUGAUGCUUUCAAGGGCCAAACCCGCUGUGGGCGGGGAAUCACCGCACACUGACAAAAGAAAGAAGAAAGGAAGGAAGAUUCCAAAACUAGAGGAUCUACUUUCGCAAAGAGAUUUCACUGGCGCCAUUACCCUAUUGGAGUUCAAACGCCAUGUUGGGGAGCAAGAAGAUGAUACGAACCUGUGGAUUGGAUACUGUGCCUUUCACCUGGGUGACUACAAGAGAGCUCUGGAGGAAUAUGAAAAUGCAACAAAGGAGGAAAAUUGCAAUCCGGAAGUGUGGGUAAACUUGGCCUGCACCUACUUUUUUCUUGGGAUGUAUAAACAAGCAGAAGCUGCUGGGUUUAAAGCUCCAAAAAGCCGACUCCAAAACCGCCUGCUGUUCCAUCUGGCUCACAAGUUUAAUGAUGAGAAGAAACUGAUGAACUUUCACCAGAAUCUUCAGGAUAUCAAAGAGGACCAGCUUAGUCUGGCCUCGAUCCACUACAUGCGAUCCCAUUACCAAGAAGCUAUUGAUAUAUACAAGCGGAUACUGCUGGACAACAGGGAAUACCUGGCCCUCAAUGUUUACGUGGCCCUCUGCUACUACAAACUGGAUUACUAUGAUGUGUCUCAAGAGGUCCUGGCUGUUUACCUGCAGCAGAUUCCUGAUAGUACCAUCGCACUCAACCUCAAGGCCUGUAAUCACUUUCGCCUUUAUAACGGCAAGGCGGCUGAGGCAGAGCUCAAAAGCCUGAUGGAUAACGCCUCUUCGCCCUUUGAGUUUGCUAAGGAACUCAUCAGGCACAAUCUGGUUGUUUUCCGAGGAGGUGAAGGGGCUUUGCAGGUUUUGCCUCCUCUGGUUGAUGUCAUUCCUGAAGCUAGGCUAAACCUAGUGAUUUACUAUCUUCGUCAAGAUGAUGUACAGGAAGCUUAUAAUUUAAUCAAGGAUCUGGAACCUACUACGCCUCAGGAGUACAUCCUCAAGGGAGUUGUCAAUGCAGCCCUUGGCCAGGAAAUGGGUUCGAGGGAUCAUAUGAAAAUUGCCCAGCAAUUUUUCCAGUUGGUAGGAGGAUCAGCUAGUGAAUGUGAUACAAUACCAGGGAGGCAGUGCAUGGCUUCCUGUUUCUUCCUGCUUAAACAAUUUGAUGAUGUCUUGAUUUACCUCAACUCUUUCAAGAGUUACUUCUAUAAUGAUGACAUCUUUAACUUUAAUUACGCCCAAGCCAAAGCUGCAACAGGCAAUACCAGUGAGGGUGAAGAGGUUUUCCUUUUGAUCCAAAGUGAAAAGUUGAAAAAUGAUUACAUUUACCUCAGUUGGUUAGCUCGCUGCUAUAUCAUGAAUAAGAAACCAAGACUAGCUUGGGAACUUUAUCUCAAGAUGGAAACCUCUGGUGAGUCCUUCAGCCUCUUACAGCUCAUUGCCAAUGACUGCUACAAGAUGGGCCAGUUCUACUAUUCAGCCAAAGCCUUUGAUGUCCUAGAGAGGCUGGAUCCCAACCCUGAGUACUGGGAAGGCAAAAGGGGUGCCUGUGUGGGCAUUUUCCAGAUGAUUCUAGCUGGCAGAGAGCCCAAAGACACCCUCCGAGAGGUUCUGCACUUACUGAGAAGCACAGGAAACACCCAAGUGGACUAUAUCAUCAGGAUCAUGAAGAAGUGGGCCAAGGAGAACAGAGUUCCCAUCUAAGCUGCUGAGCCCCAGGUCGUGGGCCAGCUUCCUCUCUCAGCUAACCGGAACUGGUUCCUGCACUUGAAUGUGUGAUCCAGGACCUUGUUUGGCUGGCAUUUCCUUCCUGGCUCUUACAGCAUCAAGAUGAGUAGGUGAUAUGCGUGGACUUAGACAUCGGGCAGCAGAUCUCCUGGGUCUGUGCUGACACCCCAUGUAGUCUACUGGUGAAAAGACUGGGCUUUCCUUGUGCCUUUCUUCCAAAAUCACUCAAAAAUAACCAUUUAAUUUAUUGGCUUUUAGGAAUAGAUAAUGGUUUUGUUUUCCUUCUCUGUUAGCGUUUCAGGACAUUUCCUCCUAGCUGCAGUGACAAGACCUAUAUACUAAAAUGCUGCUAUCAUUUGAU